AUGCUCAACCUCUCGGCACUCUCUUUCUUGCUUGGAAUCACUACUGUUACGUGGUGUAUUACCCGCUCCCUAGAAGAACACCAACUAUGCCCCCCCAAAGCUUGGGCCAAUAUGCCAUGGCCACGUUUAUGCCUUAUUUUUGUCUUAUUGAGCUCUUGGAUUUACUUGGUAUUGACUGGUGUACUACUAUUUGGAGCGCCACCAAGGCACAGUGAUACGAGAUGCACCCUCGGAACGCUGGCGUGCAUCUUGCUAUACGGGAUUAUCAAAGGGUUUAUUUAUCUCUGCUUGGUUGAGCGGGUUCAUGCUGUUUGGAGCAAUGGACGACGGAGGUGGCAUUCCCCUGCAUAUCGCUUUUGCAUUGUCUUGUUGAUCCCACUUGGUGGGAUCGCUGGAUUUAUGGUAGCUCAAGGGAUUCACUAUUUGCGCGACGGAUACUGCAUAUUAGGUAUCAAACAUACUGCAGAAAUUAUAUUCUUGUCUUAUGAUAUCGCUUUAAACAUCUUCUUGACAUUCUUAUUUGUCGCUCCGCUCGUUCGAUCUACUAUUCGGAGCGCUCGACUCAAGGUAAUAGCAACCAAAGCAAUGGUCGCAACAACCGUAGGCCUGAUAACUACAAUUAUCAACGGAUUUACUCUUUUUUCACUGGGCGGGGAAGAAGUCGUUUGGGUGUGCCUGGGAGCUUGUGCGAUUGACGUUGUUAUCAAUGCCGUUGCUAUGUACUGGGCCAUGAAAAGCCCGCCCAAGCCCAGCGAAUCCAUCCACUUGUCGCCCCUUUCUCUAAGUGGGAGUGUCCGGGCUCCACCACGCAAAGACUUUGCCGGGGACUUUGCUGGGACUCAAGACAAAUCUACAGUCUCGUCCAUAAAGCCGAGCUACGGGAGAUUACAAAUAUUAUCUCGUGGAACAAUUACUACAUCCUCUACAUCCAUACCUGUGAUUGAGGUGCCGCAGCCAACGAUGCCAAACCCACGCCAUGUCGACCUCUACGGUGAAAUCCCAUCGGGAAGUCGACUUUCCUUGUCGCUGUCUGCAGAACAGAAAAGUGAUAGUAUCAAGGGAAUGGAUAUAUCUUUAAAGGAAAUGGGGUUGUCUCGGGUAGAAAUCAUCAAUGAUGGUGGGUAUCGAGCCGAUGGACGCAAAGCUAGGGAGCUACGUUCGAUUACCAUUGAGCUGUCACCACACCCCACAGCUGAUGGAUCUGCCACCGUUUCACAUGGGUUGACGACAGUAAACGUUUGCGUCUUUGGUCCGCGCGAAGCAAAGAAUCGAUCUCAGACUAUGCAUGACAAGGCCCUUAUCAAUGUUGAGAUUUCCGAGGCGGCGUUCAGUAGUAGUGAAAGACGAAAGAGGGGUAGAAAUGACAAGCGGACCCUCGAAUUUGCUGCUUCUAUUCGCGCAACAUUCGAGCCCGUCGUCCAGGUUUCCAUCUACCCUCGCUCAGAAAUUGACAUUUUUGUGCAAGUGCUCCAGCAAGACGGAGGGGUACUCCAAACGGCCAUCAACGCAGCGACUUUAGCCCUGAUCGACGCUGGGAUCGCUCUCACGGAUUACGUGUGCGCAUGCACAGCCGCGUGCAUCGAUACCACCGGCCUACUCGACCUGACCAAUACGAAGAUCUUGCCUCGCUCGAAACGGGUCACGCUGGUCACGAUGGAAACUCGCUUGCACGUCGAGCGAUUCGACCAGAUCUUCAAAUUGGCAUUGUUGGCAGGGGACAUUUUACACGAACGGAUGAGGGCGGCUAUCCGUGAGCGCACUGGAAAAUUGGUUCAGAGUAUGACUGUGGGCGGGAUUGCGCCUGCAGUGGAGAACAAGGAAGAGGCUUCAGGUGAUGUCGAGAUGUAUAAUCCCUCGUGA